GUGCAUGUUAACAGAGGGUAAUCAAUCAUACGCAACCUUUGUUUCUUGUUCUUCCUUCUAAUCUCUCUCCUUUUGUUGGAUAGGCCAAAUUCAAUAUCUUCAUCCAUCUUCAAUAUAUGGCGCAUCAUAUCUUCAUCCAUCUUCAAAUGCUCCCAUACCCAUUCUUCUUCCCCGCUUCUUCUCCCAUUUGGAAAUUUUGCACCUUGUUGAUGUUGUUGCGGUUGUUCCAUGAAUGUGCUCACGUACUGUUUGCUUUUUUGUAUCAUCCAGAGUGGUCCAUGAUUUCGGCUUUGCUUGAUUAUGAUGCCGGUGCUUGGUUCGUGGAUAUUGACUCGUGAUGAUCACUGAGGUGAUGCUUUGAACUGUGAUUAUGAUCUUUUAUUGAUGUGUGUGAGUUUGACAGCGAGCUAGAAUUUUGAUCUUUUCUAAAGUCAUGAUCUUGAGUGGAGGGAGAAUUUAAUUAGGAACUUUCUUUAUAUAUAUCUAUCCUUUAAGGAAGGAUGGAUUUUCAGGCUAAUAUGCAGCCUGAAUUGGGAAAAUUGGAACAAAUAGUUCAUCAGUUUCUUUUGAAGAGCUUACAUGUCAUUUUGGACUCGAGGGUACCUUCGUUGUGCCAACAUGAUCGGAGUGGGGACCUGCCGAUGGGGUCUCGUGUGAGGAGGAGCGACAAAUGGUUUAACUUAGCAUUAGGCGAUCGGCCUGCUGCUCUAGAUAAUCUGAGUUUCUGGCGCAGGAAUUUGAUGGAUCAGAUGGUAAUUGACAUUAUACUAGUUCAUGAAGAGAAUGGUUCUUCUGUUGAAACAGUAUUAGAGAGGUGGGUUGUUCAGUAUGAGUGUCCCCGGGUAAUGGCUCCACAAACUGGUGACAUUACUGGCUCUUAUAAGAAGACAUACAAGAAAUCAAUAGUAUUGUUUCGUGCUCUUUAUUCUCAUAUGAGGCUUCUACCGGCUUAUAAGAUAUUUAGGAAGCUUAGUUUGUCGAGUCAUACAUGUAAUUUUGAUAUUAUUUACAAAGUCUCUUCGUUUAGAGAUCCAUUCUCUCGGGUGGAGGAUGUAGUGCUGGAAGAAUACAGUUUCACUCCCAUUGAGGCAAUUCCAGGCCGCCUAUCAAUAUCUGUGACCUACCGGACCAAGCUAUCUGACUUCAACCUUGAGUGUUCAACAUCGUUACCAACGCAAAUAAUUACAGAUUAUGUUGGAAGUCCCCUUGCUGACCCUUUGAGGUCUUUCCCUGUCUCAGAAAAGGGUGUUCGUGCCACUUCAUUUCCGCUGAGAGGGAUAGCACCUCCAUCUUCUGCACCACUCGAGCGGCCGCAUAGUUGGACUAGUGGCUUCCAUAAGGCAGCACCUAUGGUACAGAACCAGCAGUAUGUUGGAUCCCCACCAGUGUAUCGUGCUCCUUCCAAGCCAUAUGAUAUCCCAUCUUCACCUACCGAUAGCCACGGUAUCAGAAUUCACAACUAUAGAAUGCACAAUCGACACAGGUCAAGUUAUGAUGAGUAUCAGCUGUCUCCCCCGUUCUCACCUUCACUGUCUCCAUCACCACCAACAUUUUUCAGUAGUGGCAUUCCAAUUCAAACAAGUGUACGUUCUGAAACUGCCCCUGUAACUAUACCUUACCCAAUGAUGGGCAAAAGCUCAAGAACACGUUCUCCUAAUUUGUCAGAUCAUAGUAGAAAUUCUUUGCCACCAAUGUCCCCCAAAAGGAAUUAUGCUUCAUCACAAGAAUCUCCAUCUGGAAUCAGGGCAUUUAGGAAACUAGAGUCUUCAAGGAUUGGAGAGUUACAUACAGGGGUCACAAAUUAUGCCGGUCAAAAGAUUGCUAGAGAUAACAAGGAUGAUUCGGGGCGGUUCUCAGGGUUGUUAUCUUCAAGUGGCUCACCACGGAUUGGAUUUUCCAGAAGCUCUAGUAAACUAUCCUUUCAGGAUGACUUGGAGAAUGGUGACUUUUCGUGUCCCUUCGAUGUUGACGAUGUUGAUACACCUAAUGUCCAACCCAGUCAGAGUAAGGAUGGACAGAAUGUGUCAGAGAUCAGUUCAACAUCACUUCCAAUGUGCAAAAAAUCACAAGACGCCGCUGUUGGUGUUCUUGUGCACAUGCUUAGAACUGCACCGCCUUUGCGCCAAGACUCAAGUUGCUAUUCAUCCCAUUCUGUGAAGCCUGAACUCGAGGGAGGAGUUACUACUGCUUCUGGAUUCUUCAUGCCCCGGAAGACUGCCGAUGCACUUGAAGAGCUCUGGAAUUACAAAGAGAUGAGGGACCUCCUUCUUUCCAAGAGCGGAACUCGGAUCCUAAACAAAGAAUGAAUCUUAAGCAAUGCUGAUAAAGUGGUUCAAGACAUAACACAACUUCUUUAGAGAAAGAAAAAUGAUGCAAUAGAUCUAUGUACAUAUCCUGACUCAAACGUUGGCUAGAAACACCAAAAGUUUUGUUUUCUUUUUUUAGCUUUUAUCAUGACCAAGAUAUGUCUGCUAUCAAUGUUUGUAGACAAUUAUAGUUCUGAAAUUAGGAUGGUAUAUUCUGGAAUGGUGGUUGAUGAAUUUCAUUGUAAAGGUACACUGAAUUGAAAACAUAUUCUAUGGUUGAAAUGUACAUUGUGUUUAUUUUCUUUUAUG